AUGCCUCCGUACCUUACGAGUCGUACAGCUUCACAUAGACGUCCGGGUUUCGGAUUGAUGAACCAUGAGAUCGUUCUCGUCACUGUUCUUGUUGUCGCCGGGAGAUUGGAUGUCGGAUCGACGACUUCCGCUUCGAACACUCACGGACUGGCUUUAUGGUUCUGCAGAACGGCGACCGUCACCAUAUGCCUCGGAGAUUUGCAAAAGCUACCUCUCAACCUGGCAAUGAAAAUCUACGACAUGAAAAUCAUGGCCAUCGUACGGUACGGAAUGUCGACGAUAGCGCCACACCUCGCCAAGACCACGAUGACCGAGCUCGACAAGAGCAAGACAAUCUUCCUGAAAGCGACCCUCGGACUCAGCAGGUACACGUCAAACACAUUCGUGCUAGCACUGGCAGGAGAGAAAACCCUCUGCGAAGACUUGAGCGAGCUAGGGUACAGAUUCAACGACACUGCAUGGAACGAGUACAGGGAGAGCCUUAAGAUCAAGAGGGCCAAACACCAUAAUGCAGGCUUCACCACCGGACCAGCGUUCACCGGAGAGACAUGGAAGAAUGCCAACCAGAAAAACAGGGCCUACAUAUGCCGCAUCAUGUGGCUGUCGACGCUGAUGGUGCUGAGCGCCGUCCUGUGCGCUCAUGUGCACGCCGGCUCCGAAAUCACGCUGGAUGGAACUCAGAGCUCGUCCGUGCAGUUCAAGAAGUGGUUCACGGGGACCAACUCGUCGCUGGUGUUCGAAUUCCGCACCAGCUCGCCCAAUGGACUACUCUUGUAUGCAGACGACUCUACGGGAAGGCAUUUCGUCGAGGUGAAGGUCAUCGAAGGCAAAUUCAGCCUUCGCUACCUUUUACCGGGCAGCGUGAAUCCGAGGUCUAGCCGUCUAGUGUUCGGUCGCGGAGUCGCGGACGGCCAAUGGCACCGCUUUGAAAUGUUCCGCUCCGGAACGGAAAGCACGCAUUGGCGACUCGAUGAGGAGCUUCGUUCCGACGUCUCCUCUACCUCAGCCGCGAGAGUCGUGUCGGAUAACGAACUAUUCCUCUAUUUCGGGGGCCUCCCGCAAUGGUACAGCGUCAAGACACGCACCUUGGCGCUAACGACAGCUUUCUUCGAGCAACACUUCAGAGGCCAAAUCCGCAACGUGGAAUUCUCCAGUCCGGAUGGAGUGGGUCCACAGGCCGUGUCGUCGUCGUCGUCGCCGCCGCCACCUUCUUCUCCACGAGACAUCACUGGCCGGAACGUGACGUGUGUUCCGAAUCCGUGCCACGGCGGACGCUGUCUGACCACAUCCGAGGGAAUACGCUGCGACUGCAGGGGUCUCGAUGCUAAGGGACGAUACUGCGAUAAACCGGUGAAGUCGGCAGAACUGUAUCUCAAUGGCGAGUCGCACCUCAAGUUCGAGCAGCGAGAGGCAAUCGUUUCAACGAACGAAAACAUCUCGUUCUACUUCAAGACCUCGAAACGAUCAGGAGUCAUUCUGCACCUAUAUCAUGAGCAGGGCGAUUCGGCUCUCGUACAGCUGCGUGACGGCUUACUCGAAGUGUCUCUGAGGACAUCCGGUCAGUCUCAUAGCCUCGCGAUCGAUCUCUCGGUGGACCAGCAGACUCCCGAAAGGAUUCUCGUCGAUGUGUCGGCACAUUGGGCGUCGACCAUCCUCAUCGGGACGUCACGGGACGGGCGCGCGAAUUUUGAAGGAUGCCUGAAAAAGCUCGAGCUCACAUCGUCUGGACUCUUCUUGGAUCUAGUGCGACUGGCAAAAAGCGACAUGGGUCUAUUAGGCGCUAAUGGAUCGGUAGAUUUCAAAUGUCAACCGAGCGGCGGUCGCAACAGUGGGGGCUCCUCGUUGUCGAAAGCAGCUCCGAAAAAGGUCCAAAAGGAACAAGUGGUGUCUUUCCUCACACCUGAUUCGUUUAUGAUAAUUCCGACGUGGGCUCCGCGCAAGCACGCCAGUCGCAAAUCCGAAAUAAGCCUGCAUUUUCGAACCAACGAGGAAAAUGGCGUGCUCGUUUAUUCAUCACCAUCCGUUCUGUCGCACUUCGAGCGAGCAUUCUACUUCAUUAUCGAACUUAAUCAAGGACAACUACAACUGAGGAUCGGCGUUGCCGGCUACAGACGCCGAGUCACUCUCCCGAUGUCGAUGGCCGAUAGUCAAUGGCACAAGCUGAGCCUCACGAUGGACCGAACAGGAUACGUGAUAUUCAAGUCAGACAGCUCGAGCAGAGAAUUCCGAGUUCAUGGCGCACCCGCGAGCUUGUACGAAACUGCAGGCCCCCUGUUCGUCGGAGGGCUUAGCCUCGGCAAGAACAGCUAUCCGAGCGGUCUCUGGUCGGAAGCCAUUAUCCACCGAGGUUUCGUAGGCUGUCUGCGUGAUCUAACGAUCGCCGGAGAAAGAUUCGACCUUAAGGCUCACGUUUCCCAGGCCAUUCAGACCGGCUGCGUACGUUCUCCUCCAAAGUGCUCUUCGAGUCCGUGCUAUCACGGGGGUAUCUGUAACGAAGGUUGGAAUCGUUUCGUUUGCGACUGCUCUCGGACCGAGUAUGCAGGACCCACCUGUGAACAACCCGCGAACACUCUUCGCUUCACAGGCGCCGAACACAUCACGGCCGCGCUCACCGAAAACCAGCAGAGUUCGGCCGAGGAGAUUGUAUUUCGUUUUAGAACCGAAAAAGCCUCGAGACCGGUCUUCUCCUCUCAUCCCGACAAGCUGAUUCGAGCAAGUCUUGAAGAUGGGAAAUUCAGGGUUGUAUACAGCUUCUCGAAUAAAAACACGUCCCAGGUGGUCACUCAGACCGGCUACGGACUCGACGACAAUCGGUGGCAUUUCGUCCGCAUCCUGAGGACCGGCUCGAAUGUCGCCAUAAUGGUCGACCAGGAAUCCACAUUCGCAGAAACGCCGCCCAACCCGAAGCUGAAACUGCUAUCUAUCCGCUUCGGGAGAGCUCUGGGCGCUGACGUAUCGUCCUCGUUCGUCGGCGAAAUUCAGCAUCUCAGCAUCAAUCAGGCCCCCAUCUCCGAGCCACUGGCCGCAAGCGGGGAAAUCUCCGGAUUCAACUUGGAAUCGAACUUCGACUCCGCCGUGCAGCUGAGCGGGGAACAGUUCUCCACCUUUUCCACACCGCAGUCGUUCGUCGCGUUGAGCUCCUCUCCGUUCCGGGGAAUGUCGAUCAAUUUGCGGCUCCGUCCCGCCGUGGACAACGGUCUUCUGUUCCAUUGGGCCGGAGCGAACGGAAGCUGCGUUUCCCUCGAGUUGGAUGAAGCCCGUGUGAAACUGAUUGUCGCUCGACCGGACAGAACAAAUGUCAUCCACGAUAAGAAGGCUCUCAACGAUAACAACCUGCAUUCGGUGCGAGUUCAUUUCGUCACGGGCUUCUACCGGUUACGGAUCGACGACGACGAGGCCGGAGCCGUCGAACCGCUCGACGUUGGUCUGCUCGAAGGGCUCGUCUACAUCGGUGGAGUCCGGGACUACAACGCCCUUCCUGCCGAACUCAAAUCACGGACCGGUUACUCGGGCUGCAUUAGCGUCGAAGAUGUCAACGGUCAGUCAAUCAGUCUCGUGUCGGAGGCAGUUAUACCGAGCGCCACGGUGACAGCCGGAUGUCUGGAGAGUACGGCCUAUGAAUUCAACGGCAACGGUCUGCUGCUGACAUCGAGCGCUGUCCGGAGACCCCGUUCCGGCGACUCUCUAGUUUUGGGCCUGGUCUCGGAGAUCGAUAACGCUGUCAUCGUGAGAAUCGAAUUCCUCGCUACGAACGAAUACAUACAGAUUGAAAUCAUCGAUGGAGUCAUUUUCGUCGUGUAUAAUGUCGGUGGCGAAGAUUAUGCACUCAAUCAGCCCGGUCAAUUCCUCAACGACGGCAGAUACCACGUUGUGAGGUUCACUCAUAAAAUCAAAGCCUCCACGCUGCAGUUGGACGAUCUGCCAGUUCAGACGAGGAAGCCCACAGACGACGAGGAGUCCGAUGAUUCGGCGACGUCGGCCGACGUCAAGAUUCAAGUCGGCGGGGUCCUAUCUUCAACCGCGGUCGCGAAGGGAUUCCGAGGAAUUUUGGCUGGUUUGGUUCUUGACACCAUCAAGGUUCUGGAUCUCUCGCCGGACACGGGUGACAUCGUUGUCCAAGGUGACGCAACCCGUCUGACGUCAAUCGGACACAGCAAGUACAGCCCCUCACAGAGUCUCGGAGACCAACCGCUGAUGCCAAGCGAUUCCAAACCACCUGUCGAGGUUUAUGAAAGAGACGACCUUGUCUAUUCGGAAGGAUCUGGAUGCUAUGAAAGCGAUGAUGAUGACGCCGACUGCGGUGUCGGAGAAAGCAACUCUGCUGGGGACGAGCUUGUUACCGCGGUAUACAUUCCGUCACAACGCAAGAUCAGCUCGCAAUAUACCUCGACGACUUCGACGACGUCACGUCCCAAGAAAAUCUACUCGUGCCACGACGACGAGGACUGCGUCGAGGAAGGCUCGGGAAACAACGUGGAUUUCUCAGCCUCACCCCCGGGCAUAGUCGUGACCCCGCGCGCCCCUUACGAAUCCAACGACAACCACCAGUACAACCACGACGACCACAACUCCAGCACCGCCGACAUCCAGCACCACGCGAGAGCCGUGGAUCAUCAAAACAUAUCCGACCAGAACGCCUUUCAAGCCCAGAACAACAUCGACUAUUCCUGUAAGUCUCUCAUUGGAGCUCUAAUCGCUGUCGCUAUUCCAGCCGGUAUACCCGAGGUGUUCUCGGUACCCAUUCCCGAGGUACACGUCCCGACGCAAAUGAACAAAGAGAUCGCCAAGCAACCUCCACGCGUCGAUACCGCCGCGGCAGAUGGAACGGCUCUGAUUAUCGGGAUCAUUGCCGGGAUCCUCAUCAGCAUCGUGAUAAUUGCCUUGCUACUGUAUCGGUUCAAAAGCAGACCAGGUGGCUCAUGCAAACCCAACAACUUGUACUACAAUCCAUGUGUACAGGUGCCCGGAGAAGCAGCUCCGUUAGGUCCACCCCAUAACUCAUUGAAUGGGACGUGCAUUCCUUACGGAACGCCUGCAGCCGGAGGCCAAGCCGUACCCCCUUUCUCCACGCUUCACAAAGGCAUGGCUAGUGCUGCAGGCGGCAAGAAAGCUUCCGAGGGCAAAGACCCUCAAGAGUGGUACGUUUAA